AUGUUCAACUCCAUUACCCCUUCUGCCAUCAGUAGCUAUGGAGAGUCUUGCUGUCUACCAUCCCUCCCUAGUCAGGGUGCCCAGGGCAUGGGCACUGAAGGAUUGACUGGCCUUUCCUUCUGCCAUCAAACCAACUUCAUGUCCAGUCCCCACAGCUAUGGGCCAAGUCGAGAGAUCACCAACAAUACUGAGGCCCCGAUCUUUCCCCCAACCCGGAAUGCAGUCAAGCUGACCAAGAAGAGGGCACUGUCCAUCUCACCACUGUCAGACGCCAGCCUGGACCUGCAGACCGUCAUUCGAACUUCACCCAGCUCCCUUGUUGCUUUCAUCAACUCAAGCUGUGCCCCCCCAGGGGGGUCCUAUGGGCACCUCUCCAUCGGCACCAUCAGCCCAUCUCUGGCAUUCCCACCCCCGAUGAAUCACCAAAAAAGGGCUACUCCAUCCUUCAUGGCCCCACCCUGUGGCCCUCAUGACCCCGCCCAGGGUAGGCUGAGGCCACCUCUCCAAUCCCGGGGGCCCCUCCAGAACUAUCAGCUGAAAUCUGAACUGAACAUGCUGGUCAGCAAACGCACUGAGGAGCCAUCUGAAGGCAAUGUGUCUAGUCCCAACUCCACCGGCACACAGGAUGCUCUCUUGGGAUUGAUGGAUGGGAGGGAAGAACUGGAGAAAGAGGAAAAGCCAGAGCCUGAAUGUGUAUACGAGACUGAUUGCCGCUGGAAUGGCUGCAACCUUGAAUUUGAAUCACAGGAGCAGCUGGUGCAUCACAUCAAUAGUGAACACAUCCAUGGUGAGAGAAAGGAAUUUGUCUGUCACUGGGGAGGAUGCUCCCGAGAGCAGAGGCCAUUUAAAGCGCAAUAUAUGCUGGUGGUUCACAUGCGAAGACAUACAGGGGAAAAACCCCAUAAAUGCACGUUUGAGGGGUGCCGGAAGUCCUACUCAAGGCUUGAGAACUUGAAGACGCACCUUCGUUCACACACCGGUGAGAAGCCGUACGUGUGCGAGCAUGAAGGCUGCAGUAAAGCCUUCAGCAAUGCCAGUGACCGGGCCAAACAUCAGAACCGGACCCAUUCUAGCGAGAAGCCAUAUGUUUGUAAACUGCCUGGCUGCACCAAACGUUACACAGAUCCCAGUUCCCUCCGAAAACACGUCAAGACAGUGCAUGGCCCGGAUGCCCAUGUGACCAAGAGGCACCGAGGAGAUGGUCCACCACCCCGGGUGUUGGCCCUUCCAAGCUUAGAUCUCAAAAGGGAGAGAGAAGGGGGCCCCAGCCGGGAUGAGAGCAAAUUGACAGUGCCUGAUGUUGCCCUGAAGCCACAGCCAAGUCCAGGAGCGCAGUCGUCUUGUAGCAGUGAUCAUUCCCCACUGGGUAGUGUGACCAACACAGAUAGUGGUGUGGAUAUGGCUGGCACUCUGGGGGGCAGCACUGAAGACCUCUAUAGCCUGGAUGAAGGCCCAGGGGUCAGUGGCGCUGGGGGGGCUGGGGGUUCAGAACCCGGACCUCCCAGCCUAUCGACCCUUCGACGGCUAGAGAAUCUGAGGUUGGAUCAACUCCGGUCAGCAUCUCGUGGCCUUAAACUGCCCAGCCUGAUAGGCACUGGCCCUGCCAUGUCUGGUCGCCUGGGGCCCCCAUGCUCUACUGACUACAGAGGCAAUAGUAACUCCAGCAGCAUCAGUACUGCCUACACCAUCAGCCGCCGCUCUUCCCCUUUUCCUCCUGCAUCACCCCCAGAGCAUCCUGUGCCCUGCCAAGGCCCUCCUCCUGCCCAGCACUACCUGCUCCACGCUCGAUAUGGCACAUCCAGAGGGGGCAGUGCAUCGCUAUCCUCAACACCCACUUUGGAGAGGGUAGGGGGCCCCCCAGGUCCCUCAUGGAGGAUUGGUGCUGAAUAUCCUGGUUAUGGCCCUGGUGUAGGGAUUACUCGGAGAGCCAGUGACCCUGCUAGAUCUGCUGGGCCACCCCCUCCAGCCAGAGUACAGCGGUUCAAGAGCUUGGGCUGUGUCCACACCCUAGCCUCUGGAGCCGGAGUGGGACGUAACUAUGAGACCCACCAAUCCUCCUCAGCCUACUCUCCUAGACCUCCUAGCAUCACUGAGAAUGUUGUCAUGGAAACUCUAGGGAUGAGUGAGGAACCAGAGAAUGGAGAUCCUCUGAUGAACAGUGGCUUAGAUCACUAUGUGGACUUCUCUCCAGCCAGCCCUCUAGGUUAUGGGGCACUUGAGGGGAUGACAUCUGAGUCUUAUGGACCCAGGGGUCUGGGCCCCCCUGAUGAUUAUGGUUCUAGCUCUUGCCCUCAAUCCAUGCCCUACUCCAACCCUCCCCCAGGAGCAUGGGGUGAGUUCACCUCCCCGACAAGGCUCUACCCAGCCCCCAAGGCCACAGUAGGUAGUGGAGGGGAGUACACUCAGUGCCCUCAGCUUGGACCUUUUGGACAAGUUCACGUCAAGCCAGAGCAGGAGUGCCUGAUGGACACUGUUCCCCCAGGGUUGGCACCUUGUCUCAAUGUUCACCCUGCUCGCAGUCCCUCACUCCCACAUUCUUCAUUCCCCCAGCUUCCCCUCUCGAACUAUACCCAGUCAUCCUCCUAUGCCCAAGCACCCCCUAAUAAUUCUUCAGCGUCCCAGGCUGGCCCUGAUUUUGUGACCUCCCCCAGCUCCACAGGGCAACUCAAGACUCAGCUUGUCUGUAGCUACGUGCAAUCUCAACAGGCACUUCUGUGGGAGGGUGGAAGGAGAGAAGACGCCUCAGACCAGGACCUUCCUUAUUGGAGCCCCAAAUUCCUUGGAAGGCCUCAAGUUAGUUCAGAGCAUGCCAAGAACUCAGUGACCAUGUACACUUCCGCUUUGACUCCCACCUUGCUCCCUCACAAAUCAGGAGCAUAUCCUACCCUCCCACCAUGCCAAGGGAAUUUUGGGGUGGCAGGGGAGAGAAGUCCCCAGAAGGCAAUACCACCUCGAUUUCUGCCUCCUCUGCCCACUUGCUAUGGGCCCCUGAAGGCAGGGAGCAACAACCCCAGCUGUGGUCACCCAGAUAUAGGGGGAUUAGAUGGGGGUCCCACCUUAUGCCCUCCCCCAGAAGGACAGCUGUGCAACCCUUUGGACUCCCUUGACCUAGAUAACACACAACUGGACUUUGUGGCUAUUCUAGAUGAGACUGAGGGUCUAAACCAUUUAUCUCCCCAUCCUGAGGGUAGUACCCCCCACCCUCCACCUUCCUCUGUGCUCCCCAACAUGACUGUGGGUAACAUGAGUGUCUUAUUGGGGUCCUUGCCUGGAGAGACCCAAUUCCUCAAUUCUACUGCCUAA